UGAAGCUGUGUCCCAGUGAGGGAUAAAGAAGUUAAGAGAGAACAAAUCAUUAAGUAGUCAUUGCAGCUACAAAGAUAUAAAGGGUGCUAUUUUACAACCCAACCAUAGCAAGCUUCUAAGGAGAAGGCAUCUUAAUAAUUGCCAGGAUUGACACAGGCAAAAGAGAGAAUGGUGGUGAUGCUUCUGUGGGAGAAAGAUGGGACCAGUCUACUUAUCCUUCAGGAGAAGAAGCACAACAGGGCAGAAAGGAGCUGGUAAGGUUUUGCAGAAUCAUGAGAUAGCGCAGCCAGGAAGCAAUCCCUCAUGGAUGAUAACAGAAAUGAACAAGACAUAGAUUAAAGUUAGUGGUUUAUUAUCUAUUUGGUGAGUUUAAACUGUUUCCUCUUUGAUAAAUGCUUUCUGCUUAGAUAUGUUUUGAAGAUUUUAGAAAGAUGUACCCACCAUGACUGUAAUUUCCUUAGCAAUUUCUAAAUUCCAUGUUAAAUGACCCUUUAACAGUUGGACUGGUUGAGCCUUGAUAUGAUUUGAAUGUAAACAGUGGAGUUAGUAUGCACAGAUAAAAAUAAAAGCAGUACUUAGAAAUCAUUUUCAUGCUAGAGAAAGACAUGGAAAGCUGCAGAGUUAAUGUCUCAUGAGUAUGUUUGUAUCAGCUUGCUUCCUCACCCAUAAUUCCUCUGUUAGGUCUUCUAAUUCUUGACUAAUUUUGCUAGCCAACUGACUGAUACCUUCUUCCUUCAAUGACAGCAAAAUGCAAAAGCAGCACAUAGAAUGGCCAGAGUGAACAUGAACAUCAUACCAGGCAAUGACGAGGCAUGAGUGGAAAAAGUUUUAAGAAACCCUGUUUUUGGGAACAGCCUAAGAACUGGAUUGCUACAAUGGGCAGUGCAUCUUAUCAAAGAAAUAUAUUGGAGGAUGGCCUUAAGAAUUUGCUGGAGACAGGAGCAUCAGUCAACGCACCCCCGGAUCCCCAAGAGCAGUCGCCUGUUCACCUAGCUGCAGGUGGCGGCCUUGCUUGCUUUCUUCUCUGGCAGCUGCAAACAGGUGCUGACCUCAACCAACAGGAUGUUUUGGGAGAAACUCCCCUCCACAAGGCAGCGAAAGUUGGAAGCCUGGAAUGCCUUAGCCUCCUGGUGGCCAGUGAUGUCCAGAUUGAUGUAUGCAAUAAGAAUGGGCAAACAGCUGAAGAUCUUGCUUGGUCAUAUGGCUUUCCAGAAUGUGCCAGGUUUCUAACAAUGAUUAAACAUAUGCAGACAGCAAAAUCAUCAAGUGGGCAGCCUGAGCGGGACCCGCACGCUCCUGUGCUGAGACAGAAGCGGAGUUUCAGAACUGUGGAGAGCGGGGUGUUGAAGAGAAAGUGUUGAUGUUUUGUUGGGCAAGAGGAAAGAAGGGGCUUGAAGAAGGCCCACUUCAGACAGCUCAACAAGCCAUUGCUUUGGCUUGUCAUAUGGCUAAACUCCUGAGGAGGAAAACUUUCUUCUAAGUGAAGAGAACAUUCAUGAAUCCAUGUAUUUACAUGACUACAAUAUUUUGGAUGUACAUCUUUUGUUACUUAAUUUAUUAAAAGAAUAUUCAAGGAAUUAAAAU